AUGGCACAGCUUGCUCUCCUGGAGGGAGGGGGAUGCAGAGCAGUGAAGAACCCUGCAAAUAGCAGCUGCCACGGCUGGCCAAUCCAAGGCCUUCGCUGGGUGACAAGGAAAGAACGACUGUCAAGAUUAAACUUGUUUCCUGUCAGCACAGGAGGACAUGGUCGCAGUUCUGUCCCAAAGAAAGAUGCAGAGGAGAUGUACCGGCAAACUGAUGAUUACAGUUUGGGUAAUUUUACAGUGUUUGAAGGAGGACGCUGCAGACCCAAGCAGUGGAGAGAGAACGACCACAUCAGGAAGCUGCAGAGAUACAGAAGUCAUCGUCUGGUGACCAAUCUCCACCGAGACACAGCUCGUGACCCAGAGUGCUUCAUCGGCUCAAUAAUCCAGCGGCCCUAUCCACACAAACCACUGACUUCACAAGUGCCAUUAAGAUUUCAGAUUAAAGUGAAUGGACAGAGUGGAGGUUUGGGAAUCUGUAUUGCAGGAGGAAAAGGGUCCGUGCCUUACCAAGAGAAUGAUGAGGGAAUUUUCAUUUCCAAAGUGUCUAAAGGAGGGCCAGCGGAGAAGGCAGGGGUUUGUGUCGGGGACAGAGUGCUGGAGGUCAACGGUCAAGACGUGCAGGAGGUGAGCCACCACGAGGCCGUCGGCGCCCUGAGGACUGCUGGGAGCUGUAUAAAAAUCAAGGUUCUCCGUGAGAGACGUGUGCCCGUGGAGCCGUUGGGACGCGAGAGGACUGAGACCAUGGCGACGGACCCACAGCUCAGCCAAGAGUGGGAUGUUCCAGUAAGCAGAGAUCGACCCAGUGCCCUGCAAUCCCCAGAUCCAACUCUGGACUGCAUGUUAUUGGAGAGCGUGAUUGAUGUUUCAACCUGCAAUGCAAACAGAUCGGAUGAUCUGGAGGAGGUAAGGCCAAUGAAAGACACGGAGAGCUCCAAUAACAAUGCCAUACAGGUUGUGAAAAACACCAUGACGAUACCUCGAAUUAUUCUGACUCAUCCCUCUACCUCGGAUGAAGACGCGGAGCUGCUGACACAGGGUCCCAAUGAAAGAGAUUUCUAUGACUUCAGUGGCUCCGAUGGUCACAUCUGCCCUGAUAGCUUGAACAAUGCUUUUAACCCAUAAGAAAACUCCAGAAGUCACUUGUUUACACUCUCUAUUUUAUACAGGUGGUAUCUUUCAAAGUGACAAUGAACAGGGAAAUGAUAUUGCUUUUAAAACCCUUACUAAAAUUAACCAUGGUUUUACUACAGUUAAGACCAAAAAAACAUGGUUACUGUAGUAAAACCAUGGUUACCACAAAAUAACCAUGGUUUUGACAACCAUGGUUUUCAAAAACCAUAGUUAAACCAUGGUUAGUGUAGUAAAACCUCGGUUUUGCUCAUAGUAAUCAAUUGACCAAAAAACCAUGGUUACUACACUUUUACCACAAUAAAACCGUGGUUAAUUUUCGUAAGGGAAACACUGUUUGUUCUUGUCAUUACCAUUUAAAACAGACCCAUCAUUUGUAGGUGGUUUUUGUUGUGCCUGAGAUUAUAAUACUUGCAAAUGAUGCUGAUGAUGACCCGUGGUAUAAAGCAUAGUAAACGUGUCAUUAAACACUAUUCAUGUCCCCGUAAACCACAUACCAACCAGGUUUCCAUGUUCUAUGUGGACAUAAUGGUUUUUAUACUGUACAAACUCAACCAAGUGGCCCUCGAGAUUCACUUUCCUGCAGAGUUUAGCUCCAGCCCUGAUCAAACAGACCUGAGCAAGGUAAUCAAGAUCUCAGGAAUACCAGAAAAUUGCCGACAGGUGUGUUUGAUCAGGGUUAGAGCUAAACUCUGCAGGAAAGUGAAUCUCGAGGGCCAGAGUUAAGAACCUAACACUAAAAAAAGAGAAAAACUUUCUGCCAACAAUUUCAAAUAAGCAUUAUUUAAUUUGAUUUAUAAGCUGGGUAACACUUUACAAUAAGGGUUAUUAGUUAACAUUAGUUAAUGUAUUAACUAACCUGAGCAAUACAUUUAUGUAAUAUGAUCAAUACAUACAGUAUUUAUUAAUCUUUGUUAAUGUUAGUUGAUAGAAAUAAAGCUUUUAAUUGUUUGUUCAUUUUAGUUCACAGUGCAUUAACUAACGUUAACAAGAUUUUAAUAAAGUAUUUGUCAUGGUUCUGCCAGCUUAUCCUGUGUUUAAUCUAGUCUUGUGGCAGGAUCAUGACAUGCUCAUGUUCUGUGUGGGAUCACGUGGGCUGAGUAUUGGUUUUACUAGACCACGUGUUCCCGGUGUCUUGUCACUUUUACUUCGCUCCCUUGUUACCCUCAUUGUUUAAUCCCAACCCAGUCUCACGGCAAGUCGUGUUAUAGUAACGAAAAUUUUGAUUCAUUUAUUCGUGUUU